CCUUCUCUAUCAGAAUAGUAACUCCAUAAUAUCAAAUAUCAAUUUUUGUUUUUUUCAUCUGUGGCUGCAAAAAUGGCUUUGUUUAGUGAAUCUUUAUACUCAAUAGUACUUCUGAAGAACUUUGCACCAGCCAAGUUUUCUCUUAAACCUUCAACAAUAAUGUAAUUUCGAGGCACAUGAAUACUUCCAGCUUUAAACUCUCCCGUUGUUGGAUCUGGUGAUAGUGUUUAGUUGUUUAAGUAACAGUUCAUCAUGACGGCACUCGAAGUUGAGCUGGCAACGGAGCAGCCUUGCGAAUGGUUUUCUAGAGACAAUAGUACCCUAUCAUGUAGCUUCCUUCCUAAUGAUGUCCACAUGGACAGCAACUUUGCUUGGCUAAUGUGCUCACUUAUAUCUGCAAUGGCAUGGGCCAUUUACAUUUCCUAUUACAACUCCAGGGUGACUGGAUACAUCGUAACAAGGCUUUUGACCCGAUUUUAUGUCACUAAAGGGUAUCUUAGUGUGGGUUCAUUUACCGUUUGUGUCCUAUCAGGAAAAAUUAUGUUUCGAGAUAUAGUGUACAUAACCCACGAUUACACAGUCAGGGUUCAGGAUGGGUGGCUUAUUUUUAGAUGGUGGAGGUCAUAUGUCCCGAAGGAUGUUUCUGAAGAUUUAUCGCAUUCCGAUACAAGACUGUCUGUGAUGUUAAACGGAUUUGAAUUGCAUGUGUACAAUCGAUGUCGAAUAUACAGUAGUUUGGAACGUUUAUUCGGAUUUGAACCAACAAUUAUUCCACCUGACGAACUGGAUGAUAAAGGAGAUGAAGAUGAAACUGAUGAUCCAGGAGGGCAGCAUAAAGCUUCCCUGGGGAAGAGUUGGAGGGACCUUAUUCCCGUCAUUAAGACAGAUGUCUCAUCUGGCCGUGUUGUAUUUGGAAAUCGCUUAGUCCCAACAACACUGUCAAUCAAUGUAGAAGAAGCCCACUUUGUUUAUUCUACAAAACCAGCAGCAUCGCGUUUGGAUCAUUUUAUGCACUUUGUUAAGUGUAAAGCUGAAAACUUUAAGGUUAUUUUAGCUCCUAGUCCUAAGUACACUGGCAUGGCUGAUGAUCCACCCAGAUACAUGGGUGCUGGUUUUGUAGUGCUGUCUUCCAAUAAUAUUGAACUCUACCACUAUAUGGAUGAACCAGGACUUGUCCCUGAGGAGCCUGAAAUGCUCCAAUUAGCGAAUGGUGAUAUUGUUGAAUCAGCACCACCUAUUUGGGGCAUUGACAUCAAGUGUGGAAAAGGUACAGAUUUCAGCUAUGGUCCUUGGGCUGAUCGUCAACGGGAACACCUGUUCAAAUUUUUCUUUCCCCCAGAUUAUCAACCUUUAAAAGUUACCCCAGCACCCCGUCCCGGAGAAAAAAGACUUGUUCAAUCUUUUGAUGUUAGAUUAAGUACACUUUAUGAAGCAACUAUUGACAUUUUAUUUACAAAAAACAAGGAAACCAAUGCUGUUCAUAUAAACGUAGGACCUGGCUCUUAUCUAGAAAUUACAAUGCCAUGGGUUGUAUCACCAAAUGGAUACACAACCAAAAUAACUGGGCAGUUAUUACAUUUAGAAGCUACCACUAGUUUAACAUUCCGAAGUUUAGUUGAGAGUGAAACCCUAGAGUUCACUGUACGUAGUCAUUAUCCAAUUCAAUGGAACGAUCAUCAAGAUUGGAUGUUAAAUUUAACUGGCUGCAAAGCUACUGGCUGGUUCAUCUUUGCUCAUAAAGAAUUUUUCCAAGAUCUCGUGAAUGAAUGGUCAUCAAAGUCAAGGCCGGAUCUAUUGUAUUUCAUACCCUACACUUGGCGAAUAUCAGUUCUUUUGAAGGAAUUUGAAGUUUUAACUUUGGGAAAUGAAUACAAUUGGAUUGACUGUUCCUCUCAGAAUCAAGAAAAUGCUCAUCUUGCAUUCUGCGGUGAACUUUUCGAUUUUUCUUUCGACUUGCCUUUUGUUGACUUCUUGCCAAAUAGCUUGUUAUUAAAAUUUUGGGUACAAGGAGAAAGUAUGGACCUAUCCUUAUAUUUAAAUGAAGUUUAUACCAGUCGAACCAUUUUACUUGCAAUUGAUCAGAAUGCCAAGCUACUUCAGAGGGAUGGCACAAUCUUACACCCUCGACCCCAGGAAAAUGCCAAAAAAUGGAGAAACAUCUGUAAAAGAAGUAAUGGUUGGUUAGAUUGCUGGUCAGUGCCAAUUGUAGCUUUAUCAAUCAAUUAUACUUAUCAUCCAAUGCCGCCUUUUGGACCACCUCCUCAGGCUGAUAUAACAACUCCUGAAAAGGAAGAAAUUUUACUCUCACCAAUGAGAAUGCAACGCACUAGGAAAUCUCCCGCAAUACAUUGGACACAGGACGGCAAUUUUAAAUUUGAUCCAUGUACCCUAAAACCAGAUCGAGUCAGCUUGGAGCUUGAAAUUGGGCCCUCUGUGAUGCUUGUUUAUGGUUCAUGGAUAAGAUGUCUCGUUAAUUUGAAGGAAAAUAUUUUUGGAGAGGAUCAGAGUUUUACUGAUAUGAAUACCAACCCACUCUCAUCCAGCCAGCCACCAACAACACAAAAUGCCACCGAUGCAAGCGAUGACAGCUCCAUUUCCAAGAAGAACUUUGAUCCUCGAGAAUAUAGGCCUCUUGAUGUCAUCGUUUCAAUCACGAUGCAUGACAUUCAAGCUCAUCUAAUGAAGAAUUGCUCAGAGUCAGAUCCACCGUGCCCUGUCAUCUUACUGGAAAGAUUUGGUUUUGAGAUGCGCAAAGGCUACAAAGAAACGCAACUUCAGCUUCUACUAUCCCCUGGAAUCUUAAUCAGUUCUGAUAAUAUACCCAUGCGAGUUGGUCGAGACAAGCAUUUGCAUCAAGGCCAUCUCAUGCUGUCAGGCUUUCAGAUACGAGGACAUGCAAUGUUUAGUGAUACAGGCAGGAGCUUAGACCAAGAAACACUUGAAUAUGCAUGGAUGCUAGAAAUUCAACUUGGAAGGCUAACAGGCAAAAUGACAAGUCCACAGCUGCACCACUUGAUAACAGGACUGGAGACGCUAGUUUUACUUACCCUGGACCCAGAAAAUAAGCUACAGCCACCAAGGUUACCUCAAGAAUGCCAUCAUGGUCUUCCACCUAAAGAGUGCACCGAAUCGAAUCCAGAUCGCAGUUACCGAUGCCCCUCCGGAGAUGAGAUCAAAUAUCGUAUGACUCGUGUUACCAUUGAUGCCGUAGACUUUUAUCUCGUAGAGUCCAGCACAGCCAUUAAUCUUUUAGCAUCUCCAAUACGUGUAGCUACUUGCAACCUUCAUGGAAAUCAUGUCAAGUGUGGUGUCACAGCCGUAUUACCAUUUUUACGCCUUCGCCAGUACAUAUCAGCAGGAAGCAGUUUUGCUCAUUCAUUAGGAAAUACAGGUGGUAGCAAUAGCAAUACAAACACUACUGGCAGCGGUCGCUCACAACACAGGGGUCCUUCCUCCGCAAAUGGCUCUGAACUGUGGCUGGAGGUUGGUUCUGUUUCAAUGGGUCCUCUUAUCCUAGAAGCUGCUGUAUCUCUGUGUGACUCCGAUAAGAGUUUGCAUCUUGUUCAACACAAGUAUUUAAAAACACACGAUGAGAAGUAUAAACGGUUGUGGUUCCUGUGGCCAAGUGAUAGCAAAUUUUUGACAACUGGAAAAUGUGGGUGCAUAGGUGGUUGUCAGUUCUUCGGGAGAAACAGGAAUGGUCAGCGCUUUUUCAAACCUGGAAGGCAAGAUAUCAAUGAUGGAAUCAACGUUGCAGCCUUUAGGAUAAACGGACCUGGAAAGGAUCCUGGAUUCGGUCAAAGUAUUCUUCACGAAUCGCAGUUAAUUUUUCAUACACCGCCGUAUGACUCUCAUCAAGUAUCAAUUCAUGAAAGUCCUAUCUGGUCAGCUUUUGAGAAACCUGGAUCAACAAAUCUUAAGCCUGUCUUGACCGGUGAGUCUGGCGGUGGUGGUGGAAGUCCGGUUGUUCUCAGUCGAGUUGCAGAAAGUGAUAGUUGUGGCAGAAUAAACACAGCGACUCCAAGUCCGUCUGAGUGUCGCUCUGCAGUUUCCAGGCGAUUCUCCUAUACUUCUUCCAAUAUCAUUAAACCAUCUCUUCUAGUACACUCUGCCUGUCGUGAUGUGCCUUAUGCUAGAUUAUUAGAUUCAAGUCCAACCAAUGCUUUGCCUCCUAAAUUAGAUUCAGAUUCAAAGUUGACGGCCACCCGCUCAAUCUUGAGUGUCCCUGAGUCAGAAAUGCGUGAUGGGCCAAAGAGUAGUGUAUCUGACAGUGGAUUAGCGGUUGAUUAUUUCAACAGGCCAUUGCAAACUGGAAGCGACUCUGUUGAAAUUUUAUUUCCCUCAAAGGAAAACAAAAGCACUAAUCUCUGUGGAUCAGAAUCUUCUCUUGUGUAUGAAGAGGCCAUUACUCGGGCCCCAAGCGAUGAGGUUUCAUUAUUUCACCGCACAACUUCAUUAACUAGUGAAAACCAGUCAGAAACAUUCUUUUCAGCAGAAGAAGAAUUAAGUGCUGGACAGAUGAGUAAUCGACAAGAAUUUGAUGCUUCCUCUCGGUCAUGCACUCUAAGGCAUUCCCUUCCUUUAAGUAGUAAAGAAAAUCUUGCAAAGAAACAUUAUGGAAGUGAUAUGAAUAUAAUGCUGGGCAAAAGUUUACCUGUCACCAGCAGCAACACAAUGGAAUUAAAUACUCGCUUGUAUACUCACAGAAGUGAUCACGAAAUACACACUCCAGAGCACCGCAGUUUAGCCGAAAGUCGUGAACAGAGUGGAGGUUUAACAGAAGACGAGACUCUGGUGAUGGACAGUCUUCCGAUGCCUAGGAAGCUACAUCAUAAAUCAUCUGCAUCAAGAUUUGUAGCAUCAAGUUUAAAUGGCCUUCAAGAUAUUGAUAAAAACUCGAUGCAAGAUACCCUUUUAUUAGACUCAUCCGAUUCGCACUCUGUGUCAAGCACGUCUUUUUUAUCUGCUGUUUCAUCACAGGAAGACUUGGCACUCAUUAAUUUGCACAUGCAAGUCAACAAGCCAAUUGUUGACUCCCCUCUCCUUAUGACAACAUAUAUACACCAUUUAUCACAGCUUCGCUGUAAUAACUGGUCACAGUGUUCUUUGCCUGCGGGUUCAGAUGCAUUUACUGUCCCUCUAUUUCAACCAGUCAAUGAUGAUAAAUUAGUUUUUGUAGGAAGUAAAUAUUUACCACGAUUUGAAAUGAUGAGUGAAGGCUUCACAGGGUUAAAAAUGGUGAGCAGAGGUAGGGAAAAAGAUGGAAGUCCUAUCCCACCAACUUCAUCCUCUAGAACUCCUACUCAUCCAUACAUGUGGGAUGUUGCACAGCAAGAACUGGUUUAUGAGGAGGAAAGAGCAGAAACAGAAUGUGAAGAAGAACUGCUCUCCCAAAGAAUAGAAAGUGGCACUAGAACAACAAUCAUAAUCAAAAUGAAUGGAGACGUUGACAUCAUGGUCAGCCCUCUAGCUUUAGAAUCUCUACAAAGAAUAAUUGAUGCAUUAACUCCGACCCUAAGUAAUCUUCAUCCCUUAAGUGUUUUGAACCACCUUCACAUGUCAUGCAUCAGUAGAGUUGAAGCUGCAAAUGUGUUGAAGCAAGAUCAGUAUUUGAGCCAGCUCCAGGGUGGUGGAAGCAAACGUAGCACCGUUGAAAGGAAAAAAGGAAUUGCCGCUGCGCCUCCCACUUCUGAACAUGAGCCCUCAAGUAUUCUAGAGCAAUAUAUUGUAACGCAGGUUCAAGGAACUGUCGUCUUACCAAAGAUUAAUAUUUGUGUCUUACAAGCCUCCAUUGUAGAAGAAGUGAUCUCUUUCUCUGCGCUUGAUAACAUUAGAGAUCUAACGUGUAUCUCUUUGCUGGCGUUAAGUUUUGAUGGAAUAACAACCAGAUUUCAUUACAGUAAACAAGCCCGUGAAAUAGUCCAAACAUUUCAUCGUCCAACAAUAGUCCCUGGUGGGCAUAAGAAAGGUGUCUUUAGUAAAGCAGCUGGCAAAGCAUUUUUACUUGGGUUAACAUCAUCAACAGUAACCAAGGAUAUCACAAGGCCAGAACCAGUUUACAUUGAAACAUCUGAAAAACAACAAGAGGAAACGGUCAUCACUCUCAACAUCAAUCAAAGUCAUGCCCAAUUAAGACGUCUACGCAAUGAGUGUUCCAUCCUGAAAGAUGCUGUCAUAACUGCAAUUCCAUCUCACUGCUCCAAAGUCAUGUUCACAACUUGUGCCAAAGCACCAUCUGCUGCAAAACCGACCUCAGAACAAAGCACUGAUGCAAGCAAUGGGUUCCAGGACUGUUUUCCAAUGGAAGAGGACACUACACUUGUCAGUUUAUCUGAAGAAAAAAUGGGUUUCAUUAUGAUGGAGUUUGGUUUGGAAGGUGUUUCUUUAAAAGUUGUGAAAAGGUCCAAGUUCGAAAAAGAUGAUGAUGAAAAUGUUAAAUCAGUAGAAGAAUGUGAAAAGUCACCUGCUAAUCAAAAUACAGACUCAGUUCGAUCAAAAGAAGAUGCAGAAGCCAAUAAUCCAUCAGAAAACAAAACCGCGAGUUCUCAAUCUGAACCAGUGACUUCGACUCCAAUUGGUGGAGCCAAACACACAAAUAGUAUGGAUGCAGGCAAUGAUGCAACUUGUAGCGAGACCAUGAACAGUCAAGUUGCUGUCUCAAAAAAUAUGGAUGAAAAUGCAUCAUCAUGUGUGGUUGAUGUUCGAACUGUUUGGUUUAAUUUUGCUGCUCCUCCACGGACACCUAUCACCAGAAAAAUUGAUUACACAAGAUUGGACUGGAAUUUACUAAGCACUGCAUCUCCUGCAAUCAAUGCGUGGAUGAAUCCCAGUAAUAGAUUUGCUAUACGCACUGUGCACAUGUUAAGGUGCCGUUACCGAAGAUGUACCGCAGUAGUAACAUGUUUAAUGGCCGAAGCACUGGAUGUUCAAAGCAUGCAUAUGUUACCAAAGAGUCGUUAUGGUCGCACAACACCCCUUGCUAAGGCAUUGCAAGAAGAUCCUUCCUGUCAACUCUGCAUAAUAUUGCAAAGAUAUGUACUCCAGUCGGACAUCAAACAAGUUGAGGCCAACUUGAAGGAUCCCGAACUACCUCAUCUAUCAACUCUUCGUCAGGGUGUCAUCGUGUUAAGUCGCCAAUGGAAGAACAUUCUCUACACUCCACUCCUGCUGGAGCACAAUUUCAAGAGCAAGCAUCAUGCUGCCAAAAGAAUGAACUAUACGUUCGCUGUGCCUGAUCCUGAGGAGGAAAACGUUCUGACUGACGGAGAAUGCUCUGGUGAGGAAGUUGAACCAGAGGUCACCGAUGAGUGUGCCAUGCUUCUCCACCCCUCCACUUUGCUUAGCAAACCCUCUUGCCAGGCCAAAUAUGGUAACCAUGCUGGACUGUCUGGGAAUAAAUCAGAUCCAAGUGGAGGUGAUGGCCCAACAAUUGCAGUGCAGUCACCUUCUCGAGCUCAUUUGCCUCCGAACACAGAUGUUCUCAACAUAGACAGUCUCUUUGGAUCUCCCACAUCGAUUAUUCAGCAGUCACAUGGGACAAGUUUGAAAAAAAAGAAAACUUUGUUACCUUCUCAGCCAGCCUCAUCUACUAGGGCGAGUGUUGUAUUUCCGUUGCUAAGUAAUACAAAUCCCUUUUUGUCUCGGCAGCGUCAAGGAGAGCGAGUAUCAGGUUAUUCAGCCUUGAAGGAAGACUUACCUCAUGUUGGUUCCAACCCAAGUCUGCACUCAGUUGUGAAUAUUGCUGUGGAUAGUCAACAUUCCAUCACUAGUCUUGAUAAUCAUGGUCCGUUUUCACCACUCACUUCAGGAGCCUCUGGGAAAGGAGAUGGAGGAGAAGAUCUUUACACAUGGAUGGCCAAACAACAAGAUUUCAUGCAAGGCAGUAGUCCGGAACCCAACAAAAAGGACUCAUUGCAACAUCGUACCGCAAAAGAUCAAAAUGUGCAAGAGCCUGUUCCAGCAACUGUAAUUCCUGAAUACACACUUUUGGCUGCUGGAGGGUAUUCCUUGUAUCCAAUGCACGAUUCUCUACGUUUACUAGAUGCUCAUCUCAUCUUUGAACCUCUAUUGUCCAGCCUUGGAGUUAUGCCUCAACAAAUGAUCACUAGUUCUGGUAGCGGUAAUGGAGGUGUAACAUCAUUGGAGUCCUGGGGUUCAAACUUAUCUCUAGUCGGAGGCAUGGAGGUGAUGCGUAUUGAUAUUGUUGUCAGUGAAUUUAGAAAAUCAUCUGACUCAGCCAAGAAACCAAGAGGCCCCAAAAAUUCUGGAAAGGGUGGCAAAGGGCAAGAUUCCAAAUUUCUUUUAGAAAUUCCGAGCGAAGCACCAGCGUUUUUGUGUGAACGAGUGAGCAUUGAGUGUGAUCUACGUCGAGCUGCUGACAUGACAGUCGUAGAAGAUCUCAGCCGCCAGAGGCGUAACAUGCUGUAUGUUUCUCGAGGACAGCUCAAAAAGAAUUCUAACACUGCAGUCAACGUUUGUGUCUCCGUCCGCUAUAUUUCUCAACAGGUAAACAUGCCUCUUCUGAGACUACUGCAUCAAAUCAGCAACAUGUACCAAAAUGUCAAGGACACCCAGUCUGAAUUAAAAGAACAGCUUCCGGGAGAAACAAAACUAUUGCCAAAAACGACUGUGAAUAAUAAUGGUGGUCUGGAGUCACACAACAUAUCAAUGCAGACACUUGUUCCAACAGAAACGGAUCGUUUUAUGUCUAGACCAAUAACUUCAUUUUAUCGGUCACCUAGUGAAUCGAAACCAAUAGUUUCUCCAUCAGCCUCUGUUAGAUCUCGCCCCACAAGCCUAGCCCAAAAAUUACGCUCAACCAGUAAAAGUGUUAGAGGCUACAUGAAUCUUAGCGACAAUAAUGUAGGGCAUCUGCAGAAUGGCAGUUUUCCAAGUCCUGUCCCAUCAGUAUCUGAUGGCAGGAUUUCUCCAACCAAAAGUAAAGACCAUGAUAUCACGCCUAGAUGUUGGAAAACAAUUUAUUAUUUGUUAGAUCUCUAUGCAACAAUGCCUGAAACAAAAACAGUCGAUCACAGAAUAUCAAUGGCAGGUGAUUUGGCAGAUAGCUUCAAAGUGGUGAAGAAAUUUGAAACACUGAUUGAAGCAAAGUCCAGCGAAGAUAUUGAAAAAGGAGAAGGAGUUCCGAACAUGACGCCAUCUUUGCCUCCUCCACUCCCGCCUCCUCCUCAAAGCAUGGUGAGAGGUGAAAGAACUCGACUCAUUGUUUUUGCUGUGGCUCGCAUUCAUCGCACGCGACUUCAAGCCACGCUCAGUGGUUUGAAGUUAGAUGCUGAAAUCACCUCUCUGCAUUCAAGCAUCACUUGCCGGAAGAAGACACGACCACCUAGUCUUGAGUGUUCAGUCACCGGUCAGGUCGGUCGAGCUAUGGUGGUUUUACUUGAAGGAGUUGCACCCAGCCAGCAAACGGUCGUGAAAGCAACAGUGGGGAAGUCUCAAGCAUUAUAUUCAAGUAUGAGCCGCAGAACCAAAGAUAAGAACUCAGGUCUGCUUACUAUCGGAGCUGUGAACAUCGACAUUCCCCAGCAUCCUGUUGCUCUGCAUGGAAUGAUGACACGAGGCAGCAAACAGCUGUCUUCGACAUUGCAGGAACUGAGAGUGACUAGAACUUCAAAUCGCAUGAGUCGUGGAGCACCUAUCGAUGAGACUGAUGCUGGUCCCAGUAAUACCGGUCAAUAUUCUCCGGAGUUCAGAGCAUCAGAAAAUGAACCUACUGUCCCAAAACCGCAGCUGCCUUUGGAGCCAACAACAAUACUCCAACCUCUCGUUAUGCAUUUCACAGGUGUCGUACAAAGUUUAAGCAUCACAGCUGCGUUGCUUCCUUCUCUUCAAGCGCAGUAUAAAAUGGAUCAAGUUACGAGCACUGGUGUCACUGGCAGCAAAGCAAAAUUCAUUAUUGAUCUUCCUCGGCACUCAUUAUCGUUUUCUACCAAAGUGCAGAUCACAGAAACUAACCUUCCAUCUGAGGCAAGCAUAGAAUUACCCAAAGUUCACGUUUCAGCUGAAUAUGUUCAACAAGACACAAAUAAACAAUCAGAAGCUCAAUUUGCUGGCACAACUGGAGUUGUGCUGCGUCAGGGGAACUAUCUGAAUGCUGUCGCAGAUAUUGGUGUUUUUGAGCACUCUUUGACAACGGACUUGCUGAAUCAUCUUGUUUUUGUUCAGAAAGUUUUCAUGAAGGAAGUUAAUGAAGUCGUUCAAAAAGUGUACGGUGGAGAGAAACCUGUUCCUAUUUGGUUGGAAGACUCUGAAACGACGGAUAGCAAUCCAUCCAGCAAGAGAAUUUUACUUUUCUCCUUGGUUGUACAAGUCAAGCGAGUUCAGCUAACAGCAACAACUCCAAGCAAUUGUGCUGUCCGAUUGGAGAGUGGACUUGCUGAAUGUCAGUUGUCAAACCGAGUUCAAAAUAUAAGUGGAGCUGAUGCAGCCGUAGCUCGUUUGUUUGUCAAAGCUCAUGUCGAUGUAAAUGUGAGUCUUGGCCAAGUGAUCCGAAAUGCUCUAUUUGAAGAAGCAGACCCCGAGUUCCAACACUUUGCAUUCUUUAAAACAAGGAUCAGCCUACGCAAUGCUGUUCAAGGUGAAAUGGGAGGAGAUGGGGAAGACAAGGAGGUAAUUCUCAUAACAAUGCGGAGGCCGUUAAUCUACAUCCAGCCAGUAGCAGUAGAUAAGGCCAUUCUCGUGUGGCUGAACUACAAAAAUGCCUAUGAGUACUGGAAUGAACAAAGAGCAAGCCUGAAUAAAGAAGUAUUGACGGCCACUCAGCAAGUUUUUGAAAAAGUGCAAUUUGAAAAGUUUGCAGCUGGCCCACAUCUUGGAACUUUGUUUCUCCAGUUGACUGUUGAAGAUAUGGGAAUCUGCGUUCCUCUCAAUCCAUUACCUCCGUGCCCGCGUCAGGCCACUUGGAGCCUGAACCGAUCUCUGUUUGUAGACAGUGACUCAUGUGCUGCCGUGGUGAUAACUUUAGAAUCAACAAUUAUUUCUGCCUGCUCAUCAGGAUCUUUAGUCAGCAAAGGGCGUUUUGUUGGUCUCUGUCUACGGUUUGCUGAUGACUUUGAAACAUCUUUAGAUGACUGGAAACCAGACCCUCUUAGCACAGAAACUGUUAUGAAUUUGUGCACUGUAUCUGAGGGAACAUAUGAGGUCUGCAGUCGGACCAUAACUCAAAAAGAAAAUGCAAAAUGGCUUCUGAAUGUGCAAUGGAAAAUGGAGGGUGUGGAUAUAGACUUGGAUGUCAACCUUGGGAAACAGCUAUCAGCACUAGGCCAUACACUAACCAUGUUAACUGGUGUGCAAGAAGAUGACACGUUGACAACUGGCUGUGAUAGUGAUGAUGCUGAUGAUACAACUAUUAUUUCACAGGAAAGUAUACUGCUGAGGGCUGGACGCAAUCGCCUAGGAAGUGAUACGUUAUCAUCACUAGCUCUUGACCCAUCUGUUGAUCCUAAGAAGAGAUCAAAACUAUUAGAGAAGGAAAUGUAUGAACAGGCCAAGGUCAUCAAUGAUUUGCGCUCACUAGGGGCCUCUCACGGAACCAUCGAGCAAGAAAUGAAGCGACUUCAUGAAUUAGAAACUUUGGUGUUCAAAGGUUUUCGCAGGGAUAUGAUUUCAAAACUUCGACGCCAGAGUAUUCGGGGGAAAUCUCAAAUCAAAGGUAAACUAGGAAUAGGAAAGAAAGGAACCACUUUUCGGUCAAAAUCUUUCAUAGCUCCAUCUCCAAUGUCCGAACAACAAUUAGACAGUUGCAGUCCCCUACUAGAAUCAAUGGAAGAUGCUGUCGAGCGAUCAGCAUUUCUGGGGCCCUCUCGAUCUUCUUCACUACGCACAGCCCGCGGACAAGAUGGACCGCGAGUGACAUUCAGGGAUUCGCUCAGUAGUAUAACAAGACAAACUUCACUGCCAAACGCAAGCUCUGAGCUAAGUUUACCUGUUGGAGGUGAAUUUUUAGAUUGGGAGCACCCUAUUAGUUCAGAUUCUACUGAUAAUAGUCACUCUGCUCUCCUAGAUUCUUCUCCUCUGAAAGGACCAAUACUACUGCACACACCUCUACCAAGCAUGAGCGGUAAUCAGAAAACUCAAGAGCCAAACAUUGACUUUGAAUUAGAUGUCAAAGUGCUAAUUAAUAGUGGGAAGUGCGCACUGUACACCAAAGACAGAGCAAGGGAGGACGAAUUAAAACUAAUUAGUAAAAUGAAGAAGGAAAGAAGCUGCUCAGGAGGCAUGUUUGAAUUCCCUCCUGGUUCACCAAACAUGAGUCGACGCUCCAACAAAGAAAACAGUCGCUCAGCAAAUACCUCUUCUUCCAGGCUCCGCACUCACCUCAGUGCAGCUCCCGUUAAUUUAUUAGAUGUCACAAUAUUUCACAUUCCAGGACUUGAUGUCAAAGUCCACUAUGAAUCAAAAAUGAUAACGGACGAAAGUCCUCCUCCCAAAUACUCUGUGGACAACAAUGGAGUUGUAACUCGUAAAUCAGGGACUAAAAAAGCAUCUUUGUUUGCUUGGACCACUUUACAAAGCAUUCCUGAAGAAACCAUCAUAUCACCCCAUAUCCUUGAAUUUUUAGAGCAAACGCUGGCUCCCAUUCCACAAAUGAAUACCUCACCCUUCCCUUCAGCAGGUCAAAUGAAUAACAUGUUCAAUUUGGACACAGAUGACGAUGUUACAAAUUAUGUUGGUCAAUACGCUUACGCAUCAUUCCCAGUGGAUGUAAUUGUAUAUUUCCAUAUGAAACCUUCUGCAUUCCGAUUUUCAUGUUUGCCUGUUUCUCGUGUUGAGUGCAUGCUACAGUUACCGUCGCUUGAUAUAGUAUUUUCAUCCAAAAGAGCUGAUUCCCCGAAUGAGGAUGAUUUCAAAACCGGUAUGAGCAAUACCGCCGUUGGUGGUCUUAGUGUAACUGGUUGCCUAGCUGAUUUUUCACUAUACAUCUUUCACCCAUAUGGUGGCAAAAAAACAAGUUUGAAGGAAACUCAGUGGUCCCCACUCACAGAUAGUGAACGCAAAGAUUCUCUAAGUGUGAAUGUAGAAUUUGUGAAGUUUCAUUUGUCCAGAAGUCGGAAACUUAAUUUUGAAAUGACCAAUUCUAGUCAAAGUCAUGCAACUAUCCGUUUCUCCACAAUUAUUGAUAUUGGCUCAGCUUCAUUUAAGUAUGAUAUGCGGCGUUUAACGGAGAUAUUAGCAUUCCCAAAGGCUUGGUACAGACGCAGCAUAUUCAGAAGAAUGUUUUUGGGUGAUAUGACUUCAGGCGAAGGCACAAUGUACAGUGAAGAAGAUUCUAGCCCUGAAAAUAGCCCCAACUCUAGAAGAUGGCAUUCUCCAGAUGGGUUAAUGUUUGCAAGCUCUAAAAAUUCAGGAAAAGGCUCUAAAAAUGCACAAAAUAGAGCAAAAAUGAGACUGAAUUUUGAUGCGGAUACCAAGAAUCAACACCAUAACUUUCAAGAUGAGGGCUCAAGCUCAGGUAGCUCAUUCAGUCCAGAGUUGAAAACAAGUGGAAAAACUGCCUGGGAAACUCUUGUAUUAUUUGCUGUGAAUUUCAAAAGACUGAAUGUUCAUAUGAACAUGGGAAAUGUUAUGGGAAAUGUCAUGUGGCUGACCAAAGAAUUUCGAUCUGAAGGACGGCUGUCAAUUGGAAGUACGGGUCACAAAAACAUGUUCAUUAGCUUAGGGUUGAGCGGUUCUAGCCUGGAUGCAAAAAUGGGGAUCGUUGGUGGCACCAUCGAACUCAGCAAAGUUGAUACUUAUGUUCACAUCAGAGAAGAUGCAGAAGUUGAACCAGAUCACACCGUAGGCCUUCGCCUAGCAACGUUAGAACUUAGGUUUGACUACAUGGGCACUGGAGUUCUUAUGACAAGGGUGUCAUCUUUAAAUGUCUCUCUUAGAGAUGAGUGGAAAUUAUUUGCGUCUGAUAAAUUCAAUCCAACAAAAAGGCCUGCACAAAUUUUCAUGCAUGGAGACCUUGGCUGGGAUCAACUUCAAAUAAUGAUCUCAAAAUCAACCACGACUGACCUAAUGAAAAUGUACUAUAAAUUGGAAGAGUUCUUCUCUCAGCAGUUUAAAUCCAGUAAACGAGUCUUUUCCAACCUACAAACAGAUCCCAGGGUUCGACCUAAUACACUUUCCUACUCCAAAAGGACUAGUGGAAAGAAAAAGCCUGUGCAUAUAGCACCAGACAAUCUGACUCCAUUCUGGGCACGUCAUCACCGUCAUUGGCAGCCUGUUCUAAAAGUUGCGGCUGGACUCAAUUUAUCAACUUCUCGCCAUCCGCUUCCUGAAUGGGGCUCCUUACUCGGGGGCACAAUGGAUCUUCAUGGCAAUAACAUUUCCUUGGCAUGUUUUCAUGGCAUCAAUUUCAAGUCCAAGUCAUGGGCUUUGUUCUCGCUCAAAGAACCCUGCAUCUCCUUUUCAACAGAGGCGCAAGAAGUCAGCUCCAGUGGUUGUGAUACUAAAGAAUCCUUGGAUGUUCACGUCGUCGAAACAUUAACAUUUAGUUUAGGAAUGGCUCCCGGCCAGCAUUAUGCCCAAACUCACCAUAGUAUGGCCACGGUUUGUCGUGUUAGUCGAAAUCAAAUUUUCCCUCCUCAGUUCAGAACCCUACAUGAAUGGUUUCAUUAUGCCUUUGCCGUGUCUGACAUAGAUGCUGUAGACAGAUUUCCUGUCUCUGAGAGAGAAAAAACUGACUCAAGUGGGGAGACUAUUCGCUCUAGAACCCCAAAAUCACAGGACCCACCCAAUCAUACUCGUGAAGUUAUAUUUGCUUUACCCUCUCUUCAGUUGCAUUUAGAAACCAACCAUCUUCAAGCAGCCAUGACUCCUGAUGUCUCUGGUGUUAAACCUACAGUGGAGUGCAGUUUCAUCACUGAGUUUGAAGAUCACAUCUUUGUAACCGUAGAUGCAGAGGCAUUCUUCUUUCUUCAUGAUCUAAUAACCUCUUAUAUCAGAGAAAACGAUAGAGUGGCCUCGUCAGGAAGUGGUCCGGCUCACAGCCCGGAUCUAUCUGAUCGCAGCGGAAAAUCUCAGGGUGGAGAACCUGUAACUUCAACUCCCAAAGACCGUCUAAAGAAGCAGCAGUCUGCAGAUCAUUCAGGCGAUAUUUUCACGAAAGACUGGCGAAAUUUCAACUGUAAAACAUGGCAUUUAGAGCCAACUGUUAGGUUAUUAUCCUGGGGAGGAAAAAGUAUAGAGCCUUACGGAGUUGAUUACAUACUUCAGAAGCUUGGUUUCGCCCAUGCUCGCACAACGAUUCCUAAGUGGAUGCAGCGAGGAUUUCUUGAUCCUUUGGACAAAGUUCUUGCAGUUUUGGUUCUACGGAUGGUGAUGCUUGUCCGAGAAGAAACAAAAAAGCAUUUAAAAUCUACCAGAGACUAAGGAACUGCUAGUCAUACCUCUCAUCAUUAUUGUUAGUCAAAGAUUUUUAUUUAUUUUUUGUAUCACAUGGUCCACAAGUUUUGCCUAUCUAGAAAAGUUGUCCAUCCUCAAGUUACUUACUUGUUUAUUUAUGUUAAUGCUUUCAUGGGAAAGCCGUAUGAUAUUUCAAGUCAUUGUUAAUUUUCAUUGUACAAUUUUUCAAGUUUUCUGAAGCAAUAUGGAGGGUGCUUUUUAGGAUCCUCUGGCAACCAACAUUUCUGUUUGGAUUUUUGUUCCCCAUUUUGUUUCUUACGGAAAUUUUCUUUUCCAGUUCGAAUCUCUACCUAUGGGUGUUUAGUCAACUCAAGACUUUUCAUUAUUAGUUGCAAAGUUAUUUUAUCAAUCAAAUCAUUCUCAUAUUUGUUGGGUUUUUUUUAAAACUCUAUUCUCAGUAGAACCCAACUCAUAUCUUGACACUAUUUUCAGCUUUAUUCUUGCUGAAACCACACAGUUUGAAGUAACAGAGAACGUGUUAAAUGUUUCUUUGAAUUUUCUUCAAGGAAUGAUUAGCUCAUACUCAUGUUCUCAAUAGUAGUUUCUUUCUAUUUUGGACGUAAACAAAUUUUAGUCAAUUUAUUUUUAAAUGAAAUGUUAAUUGGUGUCUCCCUUAUUUUUCUUCUUUUUUAUACGUACGCUUUUAGAGCUAAAAUGCAGACAUUUUUUUAUAUGCAAGUAUUAUGGUUGAAACAGUUGUUUUUAAUGCUAUUUCUCUCACAUAAUUUUACUGUAACCUCUUUUCCACUCCUGGACAUUUCAUUGUUUUUUUUAUUCAUUUUUUUUUUUUCGUAAAUAACGUUCUGAUGCAAAGGUUUGGAGUGCUUCUAAAAAUCCCACUGAAUUAUCGCGGGAGAGGUUGCCACAUCAUAACAUAUUGUGACAAAUAAAAUAAUUGGUGCUAAUUGUUGUAAGUUUUUCCAUGUCUCAAAUGUUCUUUUGUAAUCUUUGUGUUAUUGUAAUUAUUGUCUCAUGUAUGGAGGUAUAUAACCUAGGAAUACCUAUUUCGCUCUACAGGUUAUGGUUGUAAUUUUGAAUUACCUAAGUUAAGUAAAAAUGCUUCAUACUUUUUUCAAAUUCUAUCAGCAUUCUGAUUUACUUUUAAGUUUUUAAUAUUUAAAGAACCCUGCGCACCAGCGGGGGCUUAAUGGCUCUCAGUACGUUUUGAUGGCUACUUAAACGGACAGUUCAUCACUAAGCCAAUAGCGUAAAAUUUAGGAAUUUUGUUUACACAGAAGCGGAGCUAUUCCCGGUUAACCCCGUGUGUUGAAAAGGGCGUAGAGAGUCUAAAUUAGGAAAGAUGCUGAGUAGAGGAGAAUCAUAUGAAAUGGCAUGAAUAUUUCGAAGUAGAAUUGAUAAAUUCUAGGAAGAAAUGGGCACAGUGUUUGUUGGGGGACAGCCGGUAAGCACCUAACUGCAUAGGAGGUCUGGGCAAGAUCGCCAAACAACCAGGGGGAAGACUCUUAAUUCCUCAGCUGCACAUUAGUGUGUUAGAAAGUAAAGGACAAGCUCAAUUGCAAAUAUCUCUGCUCAUACCUGAACUAAUUCUCUGAUUUUUCGGCUUUGACCUAAUGAUAAACCUUAUAAUAAACCAUUAAAGUUUCAUCAAAAUGCACCAAGAGAGAGUAAGCUCCCACUGGUGUACAAGGUCCUUUAUUUGCCAGGAAGAACCUGAUCAAUAGUCUCUUUAUCUAAGCAGGAUGUCGUCAAAAAUGAAAAAUCUUGAAGCUUGCUGAUGGUCUUUUAGAAAAUAUCAGCUAUCAAGCCUCUUUUUCUUAGAAGUAUACAAAAUAAUAUCCGAAUAACCAUCAUGCUAAACUAGAAAGCUAUUCCAAAACAGAUUGAGGAUAUUUCUGACAGAACUAAAUAUUUUUAGAACUGUGCAAGGGCUAAAACAGUCAGAUCAAGCUUAUGAGAGAAUUCAUUCAAAAAGUCCACAAGAUCCUAAUCGUGUCACAAAUCCUUCAUCUUUAGAGAAAAUCUUUGUAAUCCUGUCUGUUUGUGUAGAUGAAGCAAGGAUUAAAUUUAAUAAAGACAAAUGAAUGUAGAUUACGAAGAAAGUAAAAAUUUACUGUAUCAGACAUGUCUCAGGUUCUACUUCUUGUCAUGAAAUGGGUUACGUCUUUUGUGAUCUUAACUGCUCGUCAGUUAUUCUCUGUCUUUCAUUACUGAAUUGGUGUCUCUUCUCAGCUUUAUUGGCUUUAUUGCCACUUUACUUUAUAGUAGAUAGGUUUCAUUAUUUCACUUCGAAGUGCAAAGAUAUUGAACCUAGCUAAAGUCUUGUCUCUAUUUUUGGUUUGAAGGUGUUCUGUCAUGUUUAAUCAGUUUUUUUUUAAAUUUUUGGUUGAAUCAGUGGUUUUUUUUUUGUAAAUAUGGUAUGCAGUUUCUUUCUACCAUUUUUUUAAGCGUUAUGUUUACCUACAGUCAUAGUAAUAAAUUAAAUCUCCAUUAACCUUUGAAUAUUUUAUACAGUCACUGGCCUCCGUUAUUGCCCGUUUUCUGUUAAGUAAUAUCUAAGUAUAUCUAAGAGCUGCGGCCCCAGAAGAUACAUGAUGUUUAAAAUGGUCCUUGUGGUGAUGAUUCUGAAGCCAACAACUUAUUGUUUUUUCCUUUAAAUAGUUUAGAUGCAAAGUCAAAGGCUGUUCAAUGCAGCAUGUUGUCUUCAUGGUAUCAAAAGAUAAGGAUGGGGGCUUCUGAAAGAGUAUUCAUCUCUCAAAGUUUCCUCUUUUUCAGUUAUGGAACUUUGCAAUAGGUGUACCCACCGUUGGACUAUACUGUACCCUUGAUGUCUGUAUCAUACCUGUAAAUAGAUGUACACUUUUGUGUAUUAUAUGGUAUAUAUUUAAAAUAACAUGUAAACUUAUGUAUGAUAAUGUAAUAACAUUUAUAAAAUCUGUUUCAAUAUGUCA